UUUUUUCUUCCAUCUUUUUUAUAUUUCCCCCAUUCAGAUAUCCAACUCUCUACAUUACAUUUUUUUAAUUUGCACCAUGUGCUUUUGCUUGGUUUUCAGUCGCGAACGGCGUUAGGGGGAACACCUCUCUCCCUUUCCCUUUUACACAAGCUGCAUAAACACGAGGGCAGUCGAAUCCCAUUCUACGCCCACGGGAGAGAAUGAUUAAGUACAAAUGCUGCAUAUUUAUUUUUUAUUUAAGCUUGCUUCAGAAAAUUUAUUUUAAAAUUUAAAAAAGAGCAUGCUUCGUAAGCUUGCUUUCUUUUUUUAAAUAAAUGCUCCCCCCCCCCUCAUAGAAGGAUUUCGUCAGCUAAUUUUCUUUAUCACUCUAGUAUUUUAAUAUGUAGCUCCCAUACUUGUAUGCUUCACAUUCCGAAAUCAGAAAAUUUUUUUUUGAGAUUUGCUUCAGAAAUCAAGAGAGACAAAUUUGUCCGCAACUUUUGUCCGCAAAAUUUGUCAGCAAAUUUUAGUCCGCAAAUAUUUUGUUUGCAUAUUUUUAUCCGCAAAUUUUUGUUUGCAUUUCUGUCCAUAAAUAUUACCAACCACUUUUCAUAUAAAAAAUCUCGUGGUAACACAAAAAGAACGUGUAAGGAAAGACUUAAGAGAGGGGCAUUCCCAAAGCAGUGCAAAAAGUCACGGGAAACAAUAAAAAAACUAAACGACCACCGCUGCCUUCCACCAAUUUUCUGUCUUUAAAUAUUUAAAUAAAUUCAAGGAAAUUAUUUGGACAAAAAUCAGAGAAAUCACUGUGUCUCUAAAUUUAAUUCUAUGUUUGGAGAAUUUGGGAAAAUAAUAAAAAAAAAUAUCUA